CACUAUGGUGCCGAUCACGGUUCGUUCUCGGUCUAGUCCCGGUUCGGUAAAAUCUUUCGACAUCUACAUUUGUGUUCUUACAUCGGUCCAGUCGCGAUUCAUCGUUCGUCGCGUGAACACGUAAAACAGAUCUUGUGCAUUUUUUCGCCAAAAAAUGGCAUUCAAUUUUGAUCUUGAAGACUAAGCCGUUAUGGCUAUCCUGCUCGACGAAGAAGACAAAGCUGAACAACCACAAAAAAAAAAAAAAUAAGAACAAGAAGAAUGUGGAUCCAUCCAAGUUUAAUAAAUAGAAAAAUCGAAGGAGAAUAUCAUACUUUGUAUCGUCAUUUAAUAGACGAUGAAGAAAAAUUUUUGCAAUACUGUCGAAAGGAUUCAGGAACGUUUGAAAUGAUUUUAAGAAAAAUUGAACAUAAAAUUUUGAAAAAUAACACGACUUUUCGUGAAGCUAUUUCACCACGAGAGAAAUUGUUGGUAUGCUUAAGAUUUUUGGCUACUGGGGAUUCCUAUAAAACAAUUGCUUUCAGCUACAACCUAGGCCAUUCGACAGUACAAAGUAUGGUUCUUGAAGUAUGUGCGGCAAUCAACGAAUGCUUAUUGGCAGAAUAUAUUCCUGCUCCUUCUCGCGAAAAAUGGCUACAAGUUGCUCAUGAAAUGUGGACAAUGUGGAAUUUUCCAAAUUGUUUGGGAGCAUUAGAUGGCAAGCAUGUAGUUAUACAAGCUCCUGCUAAUAGUGGAUCAUUGUAUUUCAAUUAUAAAAAAACAUUUUCAAUAGUAUUAUUAGCACUGUUGGACGCUAAUUGUAAAUUUAUAGCGGUAGACAUUGGGUCCUAUGGUAAAAAUAGCGACGGAGGUAUUCUCGCUAAUUCUGCAUUAGGAAGAGGAUUGGAAAAUGGAACGAUGAACAUUCCAGAAGACUCUCCACUGCCAGGCACAGAAAUACUAGCUCCUUACGUAAUAUUGGGAGAUGAAGCAUUUCCAUUGAAAAAAAAAUCUAAUGAGGCCUUAUCCAGGAUUGAAAAAUGUAGAAGAUAAUGAAAAGAGAAUUUUCAAUUAUCGUCUAUGUCGAAGAAGAAGAUUAGUAGAGUGUGCUUUCGGUAUAUUGUCGCAAACCUUUCGUAUCUACCAGAGAAGACUGAUAGCUGAUCCCAGGAAUGUAACAUCGAUUGUUUUGACAACGUGUAUUUUGCAUAAUAUUAUGAGAAAUGCCAGAAUUAUUAAUAACGAAAAUAUUUCGACUUGUACUAAUACCGAUUGUAUAAGAAAUUUGAGGGGACAAGGUGGCAAUGCCCAGGCCGAAGCGUUUCAAACAAGGGAAAUUUUUAAAAAUUUUUUCAAUUCUCCAAUAGGUUCAGUACCAUGGCAAGCAGAUCGUAUUAUGUGGUAGAAAGUAGAUAUUUCUUUAUAGUGUAAAUGAUUCCGUGAUAAUUAUUUGACUUACCGUUUAGUUCUAUUGCUCGUUCUAUUUCGUCCCAUGUUUUUUUUUUAUAAUUGUUGUCACUAUAAUAUUGUGACUGUAGGACAUAAAUUCCAGGCUUACUUUUGACAAGUUCGAUGAGCAUUUCAUCUGAAAAAUGUAAAUAAAUGGAAUUUUCAUUCACGUCAUAUUGAUUACUUUAUUAUCUUGAAUACUGAUAUUGAUCGUUAUUUUUUAGUUAUUCACCAUUUGAAUAAAACUUCAAAAUUUAUAAUAAAUCCUGUAUGCAAUUACUUACCUUUUUCAAAAGACCAAGAUUUUUCAGCUGUCAUUGUAAAAACUUCGAUCUGCACUCCUUUGCUAUUGUCGAAAGACUGAACCGAGAACGCAACGUUAUUCACACUAUCAGUACAAGUCGCGGCAAGUUCGAUCACGCUCCAGCAAAAUAUUCUUCGAACUUGAUCGAUGCUGGAGUGUGACUGUACCGAAACUUGAACAGCACGGAUAGUGUGAAUACAGUCAUUGUUUUUCGUUUGUGAAUAUUUUACCGGACCGAGACUGGACCGAGAGCGGACCGUGAUCGGCAUCAUAGUGUGAAUCCG